CACCACACCUGUUUUCAACUUCUUCCAAAGUUGCACGUUUUCUCUUUGCACCCUCUUCACAGAUAUCAUCGAGUUGUUCAGAUCCAGAAAGCUACAGCCUCAAAUAUUUACCCUAACACACAUAGAAAAAUCCUAGAAGAAGAAGAAGAAGAAGAGAGAAAGACCCCUAGAAGCACGAUGGGUGGUGUGAUACACGAAGAGCAGGAUCAGAAAUACAGCUUGAUAAACUUUGAGGAGACAGAACUGCGUCUGGGGUUGCCUGGUGGAAUAUUAGGCACCGCUGGAAAGGAUGGUGAAGCUUCUAAGAACACUGGAAAGAGAGGGUUUGCUGAAACUGUUGAUUUGAAGCUCAAUAUUUCAUCUGAAGAUCAAUCGGCUGGUGAUGAAGAUCAAGUGGAGGAGAUGAAGAAGGAGAAGAAUGUUGCUCCUGUUCCUAGGUCAAAUAAUCCAACUAAGCCUCCUGCUGCCAAGGCUCAAGCUGUAGGUUGGCCACCUGUCCGAUCAUUCCGAAAGAACAUCCUGGCCGUCCAAAAGAAUGGCUCUGAUGAGGGUGAAAAGACCAACAGUAUCACUGCAGCAUUUGUUAAAGUCAGCGUGGAUGGCGCGCCGUACUUGCGUAAGGUGGACCUGAAGUUGUACAAAAGCUACCAAGAGCUUUCUACUGCCUUAAGCAAAAUGUUUAGCUCCUUCACCAUCGGUAACUGUGGGUCACAAGGAAUGAAGGAUUUCGUGAACGAGAGCAAACUAAUAGACCUUCUGAGUGGUUCUGAGUAUGUGCCUAGUUAUGAGGACAAGGAUGGAGAUUGGAUGCUUGUUGGAGAUGUGCCAUGGGAAAUGUUUGUCAAUUCAUGCAAACGCCUGCGAAUAAUGAAGGGAUCUGAGGCUAUUGGACUUGCACCAAGAGCGGUGGAGAAGUGCAAGAACAGAAGUUGCUAGAUUGCCGUGGGUUGAUAUUUCUGCCAUGGACACAAUCAAAUGUAAGCAGACCGGCUCUACACAGAUGGAGAGCACGAAGUUUGGAUGUCUGUGACUCUGUAUUUUUUUUCUUUUUUUUUUGGUCGUCUAAUGAUGUUAAUUAAAGUUACAUGGAAGAAUAUAUUCGGAGAUUUGUUAGGGACAAGAAGCAAUAAUAUAUAUUAUAGAAGAUGUUCAUACUUCA